UUACAGCUAAGUUCAUCGUUACUAGACCCCCACGGUCCGUUCCAGAUGCUUAACGCGCUAAGGGUCUUGGAACCACAGGCAACUCACAAUGUGGUUGUAUCGUUUGGUCCUAACGCACCUAAAGAGGUAGGAGAAUUGCUAAAUGUACACGUUUUUAUCAAGUACUGCGCUUUAUAUUAAUAAAUGAUCUUGCAGUGAGUAUACUCUUUAUUCCAAAGUGGUGUCAUAUUUAGCUAUAUGUUUGUUAGCGUAAUAAUUGGCGUUCAAUGCCUCGUUUGAAGGUAAAAGUUUUUUUUAAUUCCGCAGGUGCAAUCAAGGAAUAAGCAAUAGUUUCUCUGUGCGGAUUGUGCGGUCUUAAAAUGACCGAACACUUAAUACUGAACAAUACACGACUCACUGCUAAUUGCUGCACAAAUACUUUAAGUGUUGCAUCAGUUGGUCAGUUAGAUGGCCGGUCUGCAAAUGUCGUCUUAGUAGAUUAAACAAGAAACUUAUUUGUAGUAAACUCUUCCUUAUCCCUAUCGAACUUGAUGAACUAUAAAAGCAGUAAAUGCUUUUUGUAACUGUACCUGAGCUUCUGUCUAUUUUCUUAGUUCCAUGAAGUUCUGGAGGUGCGGUGUCCCCGGAAUACUCUCUACAUCAGACUUAAAGGCAGGGGGGUACGGCCUGUCAUAUCUUUGUCUGUAGAGGAUGGUGUUCUGGAUUUAGGAGACGCUUUAGUUGGAGACACUAUUUCAUCCUCUUUCAAGGUAAGUGAAGAAUGUUUUAAAAGUGUCUGUUGUCAAGUUAACGGAAGACUUUUCCUGGCAACGAGUGACGUUGCGUUAAAUUGUGGGUAUCAGUUGCGUUUCAAACAGAAGUUAUUCACAACAAAAUUUUAAAUUUGGAGAAUGUUGCCGUCGCUUUCAACUUUGUACAGUAGAAAAAUUUUUUAGUCGAGCGCAUAGACGGAAAUGCGCGCAAAAUGGGUUCAAACUGGUGAUAAAACUUUUGCCUUGUGUAAGGUCACCAAAGCUAAGCAACCAAAUGACUGAAAAAGGGGAUUUACCUUGCAGCACACUUUUCUUUUACUGUUGUGUCAUUUUCCUGUUUUCUCUUUGCAGAUUUCCAACACAUCAGAGCUGUCAAUCAAUUACUCACUCAAGCUUGACAGCUUGUCUCCAUUACGUCACAGCCGAGCACAAAUAUUACCCAGGUUCCUCCCGCCAUUCAACGAUAUGACUGAAACGCAACAGCAUGUGCUAGGUGUGGACUGGAACUGAAUUGUGUUUCAUCUUGUUUCAAACAGUAGAUUGAUGAUAUUGAACCUGGUUUAUGUUUUCUUCCAUCAGGUCCGUCGAAUUACAACGGCAUGGCAGUGUUUGAUUGCGUACCUGCUAAAGGUGUGAUUGGCCCUGGUAAGCCAUAUUCCAAACUGUGUGCGAUAAAUCAACCGCAGCAGACUGACAUCAAGAAACAACAGUUUUUUUAAAAAUUUUAUUUUAAAGGAAUUUGUCCCUGUACGGCUUAAACUAGCUGCUUUGGUCCAGAGAAGUUAUUUGAAGUAACAAUCGUAUGAAAACCAUCCGCGACAACAGAUGUACUUGUAGAUGCGGUUUAUUUGAUCAUGGUUAUUUUGAAUACAGAGCUGUGGAACCACGGCAAAAGCGGCCUGUUUUUUGGUCAAAAGUAUUUAAAUGCUUUUGUUACCCUUGUAAGUUUCUCCGACGAAAAGUGAGUUCGUUAAAGAAGAAACAACCACAGGCACUUUGUGACAAUUUUCUGUCACACGGGAAGAUGUCUGUAUAAUGUGCAGUUUAUUUAAAUCCUGCCCCUUUGCAAAUUGCUUGCCACUGCACACUCGAUCGUCGCUGUCAUCAAGUUGAACUGCCCACCCACUCGUCCCUUACCCCAACAUUUUGCCCCUGAAUAAGAAGUCUGAAGCUUAUUUUAACUUUAGGCUAGAGGGGAGGGGUAGGAGGGUGGAUUCCCAAAAUCUUGUACUGAUUCCAACUAUAAGCAAAGUUUGUUGUAACCCGAAAUAUCAGAAAUUAUUUUUUUAAAACGCUCAGUUUAUUGUGUUUUAUUGAAGUCUGCAUCAAUACCGUUUGUCCUUUUGUCAUUGCAGGGGAGUCAAAGGAGAUCACAAUAUCAUUUAACCCCGACCACGCCAGCGAGCUUUAUGCUGAUGAAGUUGCUGUUGAAAUUAACAGCGGGGUAAGUAGAAUAAUUUAGUGAGUGCUGAGAACGGAAGAACUCUAAGAAUUCUUGGGAAGGAGAGUGAGAUGAACCAUGAAUCAAAAAAAAGUUUUUGACUCGGCGAGGUUUGCAUUUGAUCUGCCGGCGCUAUGAGCAACGGGGCCAAUCGGAAGCAGGCCGGGAGCAUUGAAUUAUCGUUUCCCACCUACCCCUCCCCUAAGCCAACAUUAACACUUACUUCUCACUUAGGACAAAAUGUUUGCUUAGGGGAGGGGUAGGUGGGCAGUUUUUCAGAAACGUAUAAUUAUUAUCAGUGUCGCGGCGGUGUGGAAACACUGUGUGAAUUAACUGUAUAAGGGCCUAGCACUCUUAGGAAGUGAAGUUUAAGGUAAAUUGUGUUUUAUUGUACGCGCUGAGAAGCGAGAAACUUGCCCUUCGGGUCCCGGUAGUUAAAACGUUGGAUAGCGCUCUUCAACGGAUAAAUCAUUAUCCAGCGGAUAAGUAUUAGGGCAACCAACUGCGUUAUCCACCGGAUAGAGAUUUAUCCAGAGGAUAGCGUUAUCCAUCUUUUGAACAACUGGGGCCUGAAGUGCAAGUGCUAGUAAGGAAAGUUAGAUAUAAACCAGGAAUAAGUUAAAUACAUUGUAUAAGUGUUAAUUUCUCUUUUAUCUACAUAAUGAAGUAUUAAUUAACUAUUUGUACAAUUAGCCAAUUCAGAAAUUGCGCAGCUGUUUUUUGGCUGUAACGUAUAUAAUUGUGAAAUGUAGAUAAGUGUAAGUAUUUAAUACUUUUCCCUUUGUCUCUCCUUCUGUUAUUACGGUUGUUUAGAAUUUUGUAAUUAGUUUCUUUUUAAUUAGUUCUUUGUAAUUAGAGUAAUAAAUCUCUUGAAUGAAAAAAAAGUUGAAUAUAUGUUUUUCAGGUGGCAGGUGCAUACAAGGAUUAAUCGGGAGAAACUGUUCAUUAUAGUGCUAAGAUAAGAUGUCUUCUAAAUUCAAUAUGCCUCUGUUUUCCAUUCCAGGAUGAACCCUAUUCAAUCAAGCUUCUGGGCCGCGCCUGGCAUAAUAUCGUGUACAUGAGGGGCUGGGACGAGUUAAUGCCGGGUGCUGAAUCUCUAAGAGCUGAGGUGGAAGAAGAUGAAGAAGAAGGUCUGGGUUCUAAUCGUCUAUUUAUCACCAUAGUCAAUAGUAUCACUAUUGUGGAAGCGUGUAUGGCCGAGCGGCUAACACCUCGAACUUCAGAUCUGGAGGUCCGGGGUUUUUAAAACCCUCGCCCGUCGCGUUGCUUCCUUAGACAAGUAACUUUACUCCACUUUGUCUCUUCACUCAAGUACCGGCGACAUACUGCUGAGGGCAACCCUGCGAUGGACUAACAUACCGUCCAGGGGGGAGUAGUAGACUACCAGUAGUCCCCCAUUUUUCCUCAGGGAUAGUAGAGCGAGCGAAACGCGAGCGCGCGUGAAAAUCACCCAUUUUUCUCUCUCCCUGCCGCCUGUCGCCUUUUCUCGCGUGGGGUGAUUUUCACGCGCGCUCGCGUUUCGCUCGCUCUACUAUCCCUGAGGAAAAAUAGGGGACUACUCGUAGUCUAGGGGAGUAGCAAUACUCCUAGGAAUGCUUCGUGCUAAGGAAACCGGAAUAAACUCCGGCCGUUUUAGCCUUUAGCUCGUGUGCGCCUUUACCUUUUUUUAUCACUUUAGUCACUAUGUUUAUCAAGAAACACGUUGCGAAACAAAACAAGGGUGUCAACAACGUCGUUUGGAGAACACCUCAAGUGUUCAGAUCCCAGCUUGGAUAGCACCUCCUCCUCGAUCCGUGCGAGAGAAGAUGAUAUGUUUAAGAGAAGAGUCAGGGAGGCCAUCGAAAUAUUUCAUCGAGCUCAAACAUUAAACAGGGACGCCGGUUACGAGCUUCCCGCGAUCUACCGGGACGUUUCGUCACGUGAUUCACAGUAUAAAUCACGUGACAAUCUGUCCAACUCCAUCACUUGAUAAAGAUGCCGCGAUGGAAUCGAAAGCUUGCGUAUGCUAAUACGUUUUCUUACCUUGGGUACCAGCUGACACACAGUAAGUCUCUGGUACCCAGAGUAACGUUUUCCAUCCUUGGGAUAUGAAACCUUAUUUACUAUCACUUUAGUGACGAGGACGACUACGAGAACGAGAUUUUGUGCACGCGCUCGAACCAACGUCAUUUUGGCGGGAAAAUGUGGUAGCCGUCGUCAGUAGGCUUGGGUAAAUUCUGCUCGUAAAAUGGCUUAUUCUGCCUGCCGGCAGUGCCCGUAAAAAUCGCUGAUUCUGCUCAAAAUUCUGCUCGGACACCUUUAUUCUGCUCGAAUUCUGCUCGGUAUCCGAAAAAAAUUUUCCAAAAAAAAUUUUAAUUAUUAUUAAUUGUUGAGGUUUUUUUUCAGACGGAAAAGCAAUCCAAAAGGUCGUCCUGUUGACGAUGAAGAGUGUUUCAACUCCUGAGGGUUUUGAUCCGGCGGAAAGAGCUGUGGAAAUCGGCUGCAUCAAGUCCAGUAUACAAACUAAAAAGGUAUGGUGUACUUCUCACAUAUUCACACACCUCAUCCUAAAAUUGUGGCUACGAUACUUUCUGUUAUGUUUAUAUUAAUUAGCCCUCUUUUCCUCGAUUGCAUCUGCAGAAUACCUUUUACCUUGAAAUUAGGCAUUGAAGGCCAAUUAUCAUGAGGGCAAAAGAAUAACUAAAUUUGCCCCUCAUUUUAGAAUAACGCGUUUUGUUGAUUCCGCGCGCGUUGUUUCAGGUUAAGCACCAGGCGACAAAGAACUUUCAGGAACGAACCUCUUGUUCUUUUGUCAUAAAACAGUCUUAAUGAACUGAGUUUACGACCAUAACUCUUGAGUUAUUUGCUCAUGUUUAGUUUCAGUUUCGGUUUAGCUUCUGCUUAGUUUAUCUUAUGUUAACGAUUUCUUCCUUGUUUUUAGUCUAGUGACUUUUAUUUCGAUAAUCCUAAAGAAGCAAAUGAGAGAGGAUUCAGCUUCGAACCUUUGAAGGUUAGUGCCAGUUCUUCUUGUCAAAGCAACUUGUGGGUUGUUUGAGUCCUACUACCGCCGUAGAAAUGCUGUCCUUUCGCUUGUGUUUGUUACUUUUAACACGAUCCCUACUUCAAAGAAUUUCAAUAUAAUCAAAAUUGUAGAAAAUCAGAAAACCAAAAUUUACUACUGUUUUCUACACUAUCUGUUUGGGACGCAUUUGAUAAUCUCAGCAAACAUUUUGCAUAAAUAUUAAAACAAUCAUUGAAUUCGGCUGUCGUAUGAUCUGAAGAAUUAUGCAGAUCCCCUCGAUCUAAUUCUUCACGUCCUACUCAGCGUCAUUCAGUAAUUGCUUCUUAUAUAAUCGUAUGUUUCUCUCUGUUGUAGGCGGGAGUAGAUAUCGGCGUUAAGAAGAAUAUCGUGUUUCGAUGGCAACCCCCACCAGGACACGACGUAAGUGUUGAAGUCUUUUUAGUCGUGAAAUUUCUCCCCCGGGGGGUGGGAUACUUCCCUAUAAGAGGCUAAUGGGGAUGUGCCGCUGGAUGGGGUCGCAUUUUCAAUAGAGUUACUAGAAUGGGGUCGCACAUUUGCUGAGUUUUGGGAUAAGACAGUUCUUCAUAUUUACGGUUAGCAAACGUACCAGAAUGUUUGUACUGUAGGUGAAAAGUAAAGUGUUCUUCAUUCUAUAUAAGGUAGUUACAUAAAUAGAAAGUGACUAAGUUGGGUUUGCGAAAAUUACAUAUUUGUCCAAAAGUGACUAAGAUGGGGUCUAUAAUUGGCCACAGAAUAGACUAUAAUGGGUUAGGGGCUCUGAAAGGCCAGCCGCACAUACCCAGCAAAAAUUAACCCAAGUACCCCUCCCCGUGAAAUUUCUCCAGUACAGGGUAUGAUUCUGCGGUUGUAUUUCUUAUGCUCUGUUAAAUAGCAGACGAGGAAUAAGAAAUAAUGCCAUCGUCAAUCUUUCUAAGCAACGAGGCACAUCAUUGUAAACUGUAUCAUAACCAAGCGAGGUAUAUCAUAAACUGUAUCAUAACAAAUUGGUGUUACAACGUUCUGUUCUAGUUCCAGUUCAAGUUCUUUCGUUCAAGUUCUUUCGACACUUGAAUGAUAAAAAAUCAAAAUCAGUGUAAAAAGGAGAAGAAUCUUGGAGGCACAGAAGUUUUGCGGUUUGGGAAAAAUGUACCAACUUUCAGGAUUUUAUAUGAAGGUCUGCCUGUAUGAAGAUCAAGCGUUCACAAUUUAACACUCUUCGGUGGUUGAGUUAAGACCGCAGACAUCCAAGAUCACUCUUCUCGUGAGCUUGGUGGACCUUUUGUAAGAGUAACAUUUUAACCCCCUCCCCAUUCUCUCUCUGCAUUUUGAAAUAAACUCACGAACAUUCACCAGCCUAACAGUAGAAUUGUGUUUUUCUUCCCCAGCCUAAUGAACCUGUUAACACGAGCACAAUGGUGAGUAUUUUGUGAUAUAGCAUGCGUAGCCGGCGAGGUCGUUAUUUAGGGCGGCAAAGUUUUGGCAGAGGAGCUGCGAAGCCGUGCGGAGAAUGGGGAGGAGACUCUUUAAAAUCCAUCGGCGCUCACUUCUCGCGGCCCAAAACUGUCACUUGCGCGAAAACAAUAUCCGCCAGUUACGCGGACUGUGUGGUCGCUGCGUUUUUACUUCGUAUACUCUAAAAAUUGCAUUUUCCAACUUUUACAUCGACAUUACUCCAGUCGCUAAGUUAAUUUAUUGUCUUAAGGGCAUCAUGUUCCGAGUUCGUUCCAAUAACCCUCACCUUCAAAUGUAGGCCACAUACGAAACUUUUCACGUGAAAGUUAACUUUAUUUGCUCAAAAAUAAAAGGAUAUUUUCCAUCAAACUUUGCACUUCAUACUUCGUUUUGAAAAAGGGGCCAGAGACAACUCGAAAAUGGUCUGUUAGUUGCUAACUGGUCUCCAUUCUUCUCUGUUGAAUGUCUGCUGAAUAUAUCGCGCGCAGUAUUCAGCAGAGGCGACGGGGGACCAGACAGAAUUUUGGAUGAGGGAAGGAGGAAAAGCUGAGCGAAACCGAUUGUUUAAAAAUGUUAAUACGUGUCUCGUAAGUAAGUUUGUCACUACUAUAACCUUACACACAAACAUCAGCUUACUGCUUGCAUGAAAAGUAGUAAUCUCUUGUAAUCUCUGUACAGUUGACAGUCAAGAGUGACGUCACCACUCAGUACAAGAUCCUGCUGCAAGGACUGAUUACCACGGAACCUAAAGACCCGGAU